CAACUCUGCAGUGUGUGUAUUUUCUGUGUGUGUGUGUGUGUGUGUGUGUGUGUGUGUGUGGCACCGUGUCUGUAGGUGAGCGCGAGGUGCGAAGGUCUGUAAUGAAUGAAGUAGGCGUGCACGCGCGUCGUCGCGCUUUAUGAGAUGCUGCAGAUAGUGACGCACAGAGACCGGAAGACAUAGUUGGACAACUACUUUGUAUCGAACGAGCAAACAGGGAUGUUGUGAGAGCGUGGACUCCAUUCCGCCAGCAUCGGGCACAGCGGACCACCAACACCGGGAAGAAGAGAGGGGGCCAUGGGCUCCGCUUCGUCCUCUUACCGGGUCAUUCACCUGGACGUGGACGGCAGGAUUCAAAAGGUGGUGUUCAGUAGAUUCUGCAGCCCAUGUGACAUUAAGGAGCUGUUCUGUACUGCCUUGGGUGUGCCAAGGAACACUAAUCUGUCCCUGUUGGAUUCUUCUGGAGCCAUGGUGUCAAUUGACCCUACCAUGCCACACAACACAGAGAGGUUACCGUAUCGAGUGGUGCCUAUGACUGGAGGACAGCUUGCUGAUAAGGAGGAACUCUUUCAGAAUGUACUGACGCAAGUAGCAGAGCAGUUUUCAAGGGCGUUCAAGAUCAACGAGCUGAAGACAGAGGUCACCAACCGUCUAGCCAUGUUGGAAAAGAGAGUAGAGCUUGAAGGGAUGAAAGUGGUGGAGAUUGAUAAAUGUCGCAAAGACAUCAAGAAGCUCCGUGAGGAGAUGGCAUCCAGAAACAACAGUAAUUUCCUUGAAGACACCAAGAAGCUUACCCCUCGCAGAGACGUGCCCUCCUACCCAAAGUACAUGCUGUCAGAACAGACCAUUGAUGCCCUCAAAAAACCCGCCUUUGACGUCUGGCUGUGGGAAGCCAAUGAGAUGCUGAGCUGCCUGGAACAUAUGUACCAUGAUUUGGGCUUAGUAAAAGAGUUCAACAUCAACCCCAUCACACUCAAGAGAUGGCUGCUUUGUAUUCAUGACAACUACAAGAAUAACCCUUUCCAUAACUUCCGCCACUGUUUCUGCGUCACCCAGAUGAUGUACAGCAUGAUCUGUCUCUGCAGCCUGCAGGAGAAGUUCACUCAGGUCGAGAUAUUGAUUCUCAUGACCGCUGCUGUGUGUCAUGAUCUCGAUCACCCUGGAUUCAACAACACUUAUCAGGUCAACGCCAAAACAGAGCUGGCAGUUCGCUACAACGACAUCUCCCCGCUGGAGAACCACCACUGUGCUGUGGCCUUCCAGAUAUUCUCACAGCCAGACUGCAACAUAUUCUCCAACUUUGACCCUGAGGCCUUCAAACUGAUACGACAGGGAACCAUCACACUGAUCCUGGCUACAGACAUGGCACGGCACGGUGAGAUCCUGGACUCCUUCAAGCAGAAAGUCGAAAUUGACUACGCAGAUGAAGAGCACAUCACCUGUCUGAAGAUGGUGCUGAUCAAGUGCUGUGACAUCUCCAACGAGGUGCGGCCCAUGGAGGUGGCUGAGCCUUGGGUCGACUGCCUGCUGGAGGAGUACUUCAUGCAGAGCGACAGGGAGAAGGCUGAAGGGCUUCCUGUGGCUCCCUUCAUGGACAGAGAAAAGGUCACCAAGCCGACAGCUCAGAUCGGCUUCAUCAAGUUCGUCCUCAUCCCGAUGUUUGAGACUGUGAUGAAGCUAUUCCCACAGAUUGAGGAGGCGAUGGUGCAGCCACUCAGGGAGUCAAGAGACCGAUACGAAGAACUCAAACAGAUCGAUGACGCCAUGAAUGAGGUGCAGAAAAAUAAAAGUGAGAGCUUGACCAUAGGAGGGAAGAAGAAGUAAGACGUUUUGGAAGCAGUGAGCGUAGGACGAGAGAGUGAAGCACUAAGACGUAGAGUUGUGGAGUUGUGAGACACAUUGGUCGUUUCCAUCCCUCACUUCUUUGUGACGAAGAGCAGAGGAGCAGCAGGAUGUUUCUGCUUCGAAAUCCGGUGAUUUCUAGUCCGUCAAAGGAAUGUGAUUAAGUGGAUUUGAGGAAGCAGCUCUAAGACAACGUUACAAGCUACUGAUGAACUCAAGGACCAGAAGGACAAUCUAAAGCCCCUUUUCAGGAAAUGUCACUUUGAAUACUCGAGUGAACAUUUUUUAGAUUUUGUGUUUUUUAUUUAAAUGUGUUUUUUACAGAUUUUUAGUGAUUGUUCUUUCCUACAAAAAAAAAAUAAAAAGGAUUCAUUAUAUUAAAAA